AUGACAAGCUUCACCAUCUCUGACAACGACCUCGAUCAGAUCAAAGAUCAAGUUGCUGUAAUCACUGGUAUUGGACUUGCAACGCUUCGUCGCAUUAUCAAGCAUGGAGGCAAGGUCUAUGCCGGCGACCUCAAUCCACUACCCGAGCCUGAGGCAGGUUCGGUACCGUUCUCGAAGGUCGAUGUGACGGAUUGGAGGGAACAACUCGAGCUGUUCAAAGCUGCAGAGAAGAAGUACGGCAAGAUCGACCAUGUGUUCGCCAACGCUGGUAUUGCCCCAACGAUCUCACUGCUUGAAGAGGAUGUAGAUUCCAGCGGGGACUUGCUUCCACCCAAUCUCAAGACCAUCAACGUCAAUCUGCUUGGCUGCUUGUAUACCGUCAAGCUAGGCAUUCAUCACAUCCGCAGAAACCCCAGUGGUGGAAGUAUCGUCAUAACAGCGUCUGGUUCGAGUUUCACAAGGUUUCCUGCUACGGACUACACAACGACCAAGCAUGCGGUGCUCGGUCUCAUGCGCUCCCUGACGGGGCAUCUGUAUCCACAACUGCCCAUCCGUAUCAACGCCAUCGCACCAUCAUGGACCGAAACCGGCAUUCUCAGUCCCGCAAUCCUUGCUGCAAUCGGUGAAGGCAAUUACCAGUCUGCGGACGUUCCAGCGCAAUCAGUCACCGUGCUCAUGGCUGACAAGAAGAGGCACGGAGAGCUCGUGUACAGUGAACGUGGGCAUUUCAAGGAUCUGGAGAACGGUGAGAAGGGAUACCAUCACCUGACCGCAAACAUGCUGGCUGUCGAGAACGAAGAGAGCCUAUCUGAAUUGAAGGUAAUGAGAAAUCUGUUGAAGAUGAGAGGGGCAGGCGAAGUGGGAGAUGGUGCCGAUGGCAAACCUGAGGUUGUUUGA